AUAAUAACCGGAUGUUACGCAGCCAAUGAUGUCAAUACCAGGAAGUUCCAACGCAGCCCACUUGGCUUGACGUUGUGCUCGGAAGCUGAAUAACCCUCGUUGACUUAUUUCUUUUUAAACAAAGUGGAAUAAUCGUAUUUGCUUUGGUGGAGUAUCGUGCUAUGUGGGACUAAACCGUUUCGCUUUUACUCUGUAUCAAUUGUUUGUGCUAGAAUGCGUUAUUUUCGUCUGUGUUAGCUGGCUAGCUAACACGCCAGCUAACAGCUAGUUAAGGUUGUUUUGGUUAUUAAUGUGAACAUUAACGUCACAUCGACGGUUUAUAAAGGAUAGCGUGCAUGUAAGUCGUGGGUAGUGUACCAGCUAGUUAAUCAGCUAACGUUAACGUCAAACGGCGGUCGCCUAGCUUUAGCUACCAUCGUUUGGGGGCGUCUGGUUUGUCCCUUGCCCCGAAUAGUGGACGUCUGGCGAGCUUGAAAAGCUCCCUGUGAACCGGACCCAAUGCGUGGGAUGAUGGGGACCCAGAGUAGUCCAGUCAAGAGUUACGAUUAUCUCCUGAAAUUUCUUUUGGUCGGAGACAGCGAUGUGGGAAAGGGGGAAAUCUUGGACAGUUUACAAGACGGAUCGGUCGAGUCUCCCUAUGCCUACAGCAGUGGGAUUGAUUACAAGACCACCACGAUUCUGCUGGAUGGGAGAAGAGUGAAAUUAGAGUUAUGGGACACAUCGGGUCAAGGCAGGUUCUGCACCAUCUUCAGGUCUUACUCUCGUGGAGCACAGGGCAUCCUGCUUGUCUAUGAUAUCACUAAUGGCUGGUCCUUUGAUGGUAUUGACCGCUGGAUACGGGAAAUUGAUGAGCAUGCCCCAGGUGUACCCAGGAUCCUGGUGGGGAAUCGGCUUCACCUGGCUUUCAAGCGGCAGGUACCUACGGAGCAGGCAAGGGCCUAUGCUGAAAAGAACAGCAUGACUUUUUUUGAGGUCAGUCCGCUGUGCAACUUCAACGUCAUCGAAUCCUUCACCGAACUUUCCCGCAUUGUGCUGAUGAGGCACGGGAUGGAGAAAUUCUGGAAGCCCAACAGAGUCUUCAGCCUCCAAGACUUGUGCUGCCGUUCGAUCGUCUCCUGCACGCCGGUUCACCUCAUUGACAAACUGCCCCUUCCUGUGGCCAUCAAGUCGCACCUCAAGUCUUUCUCCAUGGCCAACGGCAUGAAUGCAGUCAUGAUGCACGGACGCUCCUACUCAGUGGCCAACAGCGCAGCUUCGGGCGGUAGCAGCGGCGGAAGCAAAGCCAAUAGUCUCAAGCGCUCAAAGUCUUUCAGGCCUCCGCAGAGCCCUCCAAAGACCUCGUCGUCAUCCUCUAAGGGGAGCUGUAAGAUUUCAUAGUGAAGGAGCGGACUAAUGGUUGCCUCCAUAGGGCCAGUAUUAAAGGUGUUGUUGCUCCAAGAGGUCACAAGGCCAUGGGAGAGCACGGAGAGCUACCAGCAAGGGAUAUAGCUGUGAACUUUCAUUGACCCUUGGGAACUGACUUGGAUUGGUUUCUGUUCUCUUUGCGCUUGCUGGUGCCAUCUUGUGGAUGUCCGUUUACCCGUACUCUUUACUACGGAUGGCUCGCUAUGAUCAAGUAGAACCAGAUUUCCCUGGGUCCAACAGAUGUGAAUCAAAGAAAAUCGCUCACCUGUUAACACUAAAAAUGAGUGGCGGGACAUUAGCUAGCUUUUAUUUUGAAAAAUUACUGUUUUAUUGUAUUUAAAGUUGUUAAUAUGCUGUAUGUGCUCAAGUUGUUUAGGUCUGUUUGGUGAUUGAUCUUGGAGGGGCUUCUUAUGCUUGUUUUGUCUUGAAUGUUUCCAGAGACCUGCUUUGGUGUCCAAUUUAUUUGUGUGUCUUAUGCCCUUUGUCUAUCGUGGAACAUUUUUACUGCAACCUCAAGGGUGCUGAGCUACUUAUUUAAAUCUCAGAUUAGUUAUGUUUAAAAUUAGACAGGCUUAAAUUGAAUGUCAUGAGAAGAGCAGGGCUAGUUUCCCAGCCUGGAUUUUGGAAAAAAAAAAAAUCCAUUGAAAAAUGCUUCGUCUAGCAAUGCUCCAUCUGUGAAAUAGAGUAGAGCCACCCUGUCUUGUUUUGAAGACUUCCUGUGGUGCCUCUUAAUUACAGCCCAAAUGAAUUCACCCUCCGUCUCAUCAGUCAUUGUCAACGUCUGUUGACUUUCUCAGGCCAUUUUUGCCUCUGAAUCUGAUAUCCUUAGUUGCAUUAUCAUUGCUUUAUGUGGUUUAAACCAUCAACCACAUGAUCACCUCUCAAUCUAUUAACUCUUGUGGCAAUUCAGAGAUUGCUUGGUGCUGAUGGGGGUGGAACUUUGUACAAAUCAGAUGUGCAGAUUUGCUCAGCCGUGGCGUUUUGCCUUCAGAAAGAGCUGCGAUCGCGUCUUGGUUUUUAACAGGAAUUUGUUAACAUUGGUGAAAUGAAUAUUUUAAUUUGAUUGCUUUUUUGUAUCUUAUCUAAUGUAUUUAUGAAUGUAACACAAUAUGCAUCUGCUACUUUGCUGUGGCCACGUGGUAAUAUGUGGGACUGUAAGAAUCAGAGGUGGGAAGAUAAUCUGCUAUUGUAAUGUUUUUAAUAAGGGUAUUUGGACUGUAACUUCAUCCUUAUUUUCUAACCCUCCUAAAAUGUGUGUAUGAUAGUAGAGCUUUGAGUGAUUUGCCAGAUGAACUUGAAGACUUCAGAGAGGGCAUUGAAAGUCUUGUAUUUUUAAUCAGAGCUAACUAAUGGUCUUGUUUUUAAUAAGUAAAUAACCUAAACAUUACUUAAUUUGCUUAUAACACUUUUCUCUUUCCACCUCUGAUUAACGUAGCUGUCUUUCAACUUCGACAUUCCUAGUGUCAUGGCUAUAUGUCUGUGAUGCGGUUAUUGAGGGCAUACAACAAUGGUGCAUGUUUUUCUACUGGUGCCUGUUUUAUGUGGUGUAUUGACACCAGCACAACGAGCUAUUUAAAGCACUAUAUGUAAACGUUUGAUAAUGAUUGUUGCUAUCAGAGAUGUGUGUCUUAACAUUUGGAUACGGGAUAAAUUAUACUUUUGUCUCCAUUGAAAACAGUCACCCAACAAAAUAAAGGGUAAAGCUCCA